AUGGCUCGCACCGUGUCUCUCCCUCCCCCGAGGGACCUGUCGCAUCAUUUCUCCACCACCACUAAACGGCGCGAAGCCAGCAGUAUCAAGGACUUGUACAAGUACUUCCUGAUCCCGGGCAUUGCUAAUCUAGCCGGAGGCCUCCCCAAUGCCUCCUAUUUUCCAUACGACACCCUCGAAGCCUCCGUCGCUCACCCGCAUCGCUUCGAACCCUCCGCAGCGCCAUCUCCCUCCUCCACCUCGGCCCGCGUCCUCAUCCCGAAAGAAAGCUCAUCCACCGACCUCCAGAAGAAAAUCGACCUCACCACCGCGCUGCAGUAUGGCACCGCCGACGGACUCGCGCCCAUGGCCGCCUUCGUGCGCCAAUUCACCCGCCGCCACCUGCACCCCAACGUGCCCUACGCCCGCGGACCGGACACCCUCCUCACCUGCGGCUCCACCGACGGCUUCUCCAAGACCAUCGAGGCCUUCACCAACCUCUGGGACCCGGCGCGCGACGGGCCCAGCCAGCGCGAGGGCAUCCUCUGCGAGGAAUUCGUCUACAUGAACGCCAUCGCGACGGUCAAGCCGCGCGGGCUCAACGUGGUGCCCGUGGCGAUGGACGCGCAGGGCAUGCGCGCGCACGGCACCGGCGGCCUCGCUGACGUGCUAAGGAACUGGGAUCUCCGGAACGGAAAACGCCCACACUUGAUGUACACCAUCACUAUCGGCCAGAACCCCACGGGCGGCACGCUGUCCGUCGACCGGCGCAGGGAAAUCUACGCCCUGUGUCGGCAGUACGACAUUAUCAUCAUCGAGGACGAUCCGUAUUGGAAUCUGCAGUAUCCGUCGGCCGCGGCGCUGGAAGCGCAGUACCGCGGUAGUAGGAGUUCAAAUACGGCCUCCCCGCGUCGCAACUACAACGCGCAUGGAAAAUCCUCCGGGUACGAGUUCCUCGACUCGCUGGUCCCGUCGUAUCUCUCUGUCGACACGGACGGCCGCGUCGUCCGGCUGGAUACCUUUUCCAAGACCAUCGCGCCGGGCUGUCGACUCGGCUGGGUGACGGCUCAGCCGGCGGUGAUUGAGCGACUGGCCCGGAUUACCGAGACGUCGACUCAGGCACCGUCAGGAUUCGUGCAGGCCAUGGUCGCGGAGCUGCUUCUGGGACAGCAGGUCGAUGAUGCCGCGGCGGCGCGGAACAAGGGCGCCGAAGCCGACAGGGGCUGGCAGAUGGACGGCUGGGUGCGGUGGCUGGAGGGUCUGCGCGGGGGGUACGAGAGACGCAUGCAGCACAUGUGCAGGGUGCUAGAGGAGGCGCGGUUCCUGGUUGACGCGGACGACGCGGUCGCAUUGACCUCUGACGAGGAGGUGUGGGAAGUCGUCGAGAAGCGGCAGAUGUUCGAGUUCACCUGGCCGACGGGCGGGAUGUUCGUCUGGAUCAGGAUGUGUCUAGAGACGCAUCCGCUGUACGGGAAGUACGCGCCCGACCGGCUCUCUCGGGCGCUGUGGGUGCACUUGACGCAGGCGCCGUACCGGUGUCUGCUGGGCCCGGGCACGAUGUUCGCGCCCACGCCGACGGUCGCCGACCGCGCAUGGCAGUACUAUCGACUGUGCUUCGCUGCCAUGCCGGCCGAGGAGGUCCAGGGCGUGACCGAGCGACUGGUGGAUGGGUUCCGGGCAUUCUGGCAGCGGAAGGACCUGGACGGUCUGGAGGGGGAGGAGACGUACGCUGUGCAGUCGGGGAACCUGCUAGGGACGGGAUGUUAA